AUGUCUGAAAACGUGGAAGCAAAGAAGGAAGAACAACCUGUUGUUUUAGGAGAAGACGGACAGCCAUUGUCCAAGAAGGCUUUAAAGAAGUUGCAAAAGGAGCAAGAGAAGCAAAAGAAGAAGGAGGAAAGAGCUCGUCAAUUGGCCGAGGAGAAAGAACAACGUGAAAAAGAAGCUGCUUUAUCUGACACAGCCAAGGAACAUUACGGUAAAUCUCCAUUAGUGCAAUCCAAGGGUGCUCGUCCUGUGAAUUCUCCACAUAGAAUUAAAUUUGAAUCAUUGAAUCCAGCUACUGAUGAUGGCAAGGAAGUUGUCUUUAGAGCUAGAGUUCAUAACACUAGACAACAAGGUGCCACUUUGUCGUUCUUGACCUUUAGACAACAACAUGAUUUAAUUCAGGGGCUUGUUAAAGUGCAAAAGGAUGGUAGUGUUAGUAAACAAAUGGUUAAAUGGGCCGGUUCCUUGAAUUUGGAAUCCAUUGUUGUCGUAAAGGGUAUUGUUAAGCGUGUGGAAGAACCCAUCAAGUCCGCCACCGUGCAAGAUUUGGAAAUUCAUAUUACUGAUAUUCAUUCGAUUUCUGAAACACCUGAAACUUUACCCAUCUUGUUGGAAGAUGCGUCUCGUUCUGAAGCCGAAGCUGAAGCCGCUGGGUUGCCUGUGGUCAACUUGGAUACUAGAUUAGAUGCACGUGUUAUUGAUUUAAGAACUGUUACUAAUCAAGCUAUUUUUAAGAUUCAAAGUGGUGUUUGUCAAUUAUUUAGAGAGUAUCUAAGUGGGUUGAAAUUCACUGAAGUGCAUACCCCCAAGUUAUUAGGUGCCCCCAGUGAAGGUGGUGCUAGUGUCUUUGAAGUUUCAUAUUUCAAAGGUAAGGCGUAUUUGGCCCAAUCGCCUCAAUUUAAUAAGCAACAAUUAAUUGUUGCUGAUUUUGAAAAAGUUUUCGAAAUUGGACCUGUGUUCCGUGCUGAAAAUUCCAACACUCAUCGUCAUAUGACUGAGUUCACUGGGUUGGAUAUGGAAAUGGCAUUUGAAGAACAUUAUCAUGAAGUGUUGGAUGUGUUGAGUGAUUUAUUUGUUUUCAUCUUUACUGAAUUAAAGAAACGUUUCAGUAAGGAGAUUGAGAUUGUUAGAAAGCAAUACCCUGUAGAAGAUUUCAAAUUACCAGCUGACGGUAAGAUGGUUCGUAUUCAAUACAAGGAAGGUAUCCAAAUGUUGAAGGAUGCUGGUAAGGAAAUUGGAGAUUUUGAUGAUUUGAGUACUGAGAAUGAGAAAUUCUUGGGUAAAUUAGUCAGAGAGAAAUACGAUACUGAUUUCUAUAUCUUGGAUAAGUUCCCCUUGGCCAUUAGACCCUUCUACACCAUGCCAGAUGCUGAAGAUCCAAGAUAUUCCAAUUCCUACGAUUUCUUCAUGAGAGGUGAAGAGAUUCUUUCAGGUGCUCAACGUAUCCAUGAUCAUGCAUUGUUGCAAGAAAGAAUGAAAGUGCAUGGGUUAUCCAGUGAGGAUCCAGGUUUGAAAGAUUAUUGUGAUGGGUUCAGUUACGGGUGUCCCCCACAUGCCGGUGGUGGUAUUGGGUUAGAAAGAGUUGUUAUGUUCUUCUUGGAUCUAAAGAAUAUUAGAAGAGCCUCCUUGUUCCCAAGAGAUCCAAAGAGAUUGAGACCAUGA